UUAAUCGCUAGCGUACCUGUUAAAUGCUUACGUAUUGGCAUGGUCGCUAGCUGUCUAGAGAGUUAAUGUAGAAAGUAGCUUAGUUCUCUUGGCGUAUUAGCUAACCCCACCUAGCAUAUCUGCUAUCGCUACCCCUGUUUAAAGGUAGUCAGUGUGUCGGCUUUACGUGUGUCCACGUUAACUGGUGCCGACGUCCGGAUGCCGUACUGGGUGCUCGUAGUUGCGGCAGCUCUCUGAAAGCAGGAACACGCCACAUUAGCUUCCCUAUCAAUGUCGAUUUGUCUGCUCGUCUUUCCGUGGUCUAAAAAAGUGAUGAAAACUGCGUCUGAAGCUCUACAUGAAAUAAUCUGACGCAGAUUUGAACGUUUUUCGUAUUAUAGUCGGUAUUUGGUUAGAUCAUAUCCAGACAAACCGGCACCGACGGGGACAGCAACUGGCUGUCUCCCAGUUUCCAACAGCGGUCCUAAAUACGGGCAACGAGUGCGGCAUUCGGAAGUUGGGCACCUAUUAACGUGGUCACUCUUAUAUUCGAAACAAUGCUGGUUGGGCUGCUGCUGAUUGGAGUAGCAGCAUGGGGCAAGGGCUUCGGCCUGGUGUCGAGCAUUCACAUCAUUGGAGGGGUUAUUGCGGUUGGUGUCUUCCUGCUUCUAAUCGCCAUAGUAGGACUUAUCGGGGCAAUACACCACCACCAAGUCAUGCUUUUCUUCUACAUGGUCAUCCUUUUCAUCGUCUUCCUCUUCCAAUUUGGAGUUUCCUGUUCCUGCUUGGCAAUGAAUCGUGGGCAGCAGGAAACACUUUUAAACUCUACUUGGGGAGUGUUGGACGACAAAACAAAAUCAGGCCUGGAGAUCCAGCUGAACUGCUGUGGGCUGCUCAACACUACCAGUACCCGCGCUAAGUAUGAGGAGGAUGUGAAAAACUGCCCUGCCGCUUGCAAAGAGAACAGCUGUUCAACCUGUGGGGAAAUGAUGCUACAUCAUGCAACAGAAGCUCUGAAGAUCCUUGGUGGUGUUGGACUCUUCUUCAGCUUUACAGAGAUUCUUGGAGUGUGGCUUGCUGUGCGCUACAGAAACCAGAAGGAUCCACGAGCCAACCCGAGUGCUUUCCUAUAGUCUGUCCCACGUACACAGCUCUGUACCAUAGGUGCAGUUUGAGACACAGUGGUACACACACACACACACACAGUAACGCACAUUUAGAGGCAGACACUCAGUCAUACACAACACAGAACAACCACAAGCGCACACAGAAUCUGACAGAAACACACACCUCCACCUGAGACUAAGAACCACACAACACAGGCCAAGCUGGAUACUUAUGUAUGAAAGAGAGAGUUGUAAUACCAAGAAGCUCAACUUGUUGGUAUCAUGACCUAGCCUUGAUUUGAGUACCAGACCCCUCGAUGGUGGCCUGCUGGAUCAACUACGUGACAAGCAACGAGAAAUUCCUGCAUGUGUACCUGCACCUGCAAAGCAUAGGGCCUCUUUGUCUUUGAUUUCAUUCCAUGCACCAACCAAAUGACUGUGGCUCUUAACGUAUCUUGAAUUUUCCUCUAGUCUCUAAUGUAGUGCCACCACGUAACCACAGAAACGUUUCUCUGAUCAGUGCAAUCAGUGAUGUGUAGAACUUCUAAUGCUCAGCCCAGUCAGUGUCCUGAGAGUGAAUGACCUCGGGAAGUAAAACCUGGUCGUGAAAUGUAAAGUAGUUUUUCAAAUAUGUGUGUUUUUUCACAUGGCACUAAUAUUGAACUUUAACAGGUUUUAGGAUCGAUGUUAGGUAGCGUAAUUGCUAGUCAUUGGGGUUCAUAUAUUUAUGAAUUGUAUCUGAGCCAGCUGAGUUUUAACAGUCAGAUGUUAGGAUGCCAACGGACUGCAGCCUAGAUGUUGUAUAUAACCUAUUAAUGAUGUAAUUCUCUGAAACCAGUCUUGAUGACUUUUGCAAUGUACUCGCCCCAUUUCUUUUAAAGUUUGUGUAACUAAUUAAGUUCACAAUACUACUGUAUAAAAUCUUCCUUUGUAUCCCAGUUGUUUAGCUUAGAAUAGAGCGUGGAUGAUUCUAGUGACGGCACCUCCCGUGUUGUAGGAUGACUGGACGACAGCAAAGAUGUUAUUUAAAAUAAUUGGGCUGUUUAAUGCAAACCUCUUGUUUUUGUAGUAGUCAUCAUGGAAAUGUGAUCUUGGUUGCAAUUUGUAUGUGUAUGUCAUUGUUUUAAACCUUUUUGUAAAUUAGUUCAGUUUGAAUAGUUGUGUUCUCCAUCGUUAUCUGCUCUUUGGUUCAUCAGUGUUAAAAUCUUUGUAAAGAAAAUCUUGAAUAUUAGCAGUUAUUUAAGUUAAAUGAUGCGUCAGGCUAAAGUUAUGUUGAGGUUUUGAUGAUGUAAUGUUUAAUGUUUGACAUUCUUAUUUUUAAGGACUAAUGUAACAUAUAAUCAUGUCUUACUUGCUGAUCUGGGUUUUCCUGCUGCUGGUGCUGGAGUUUUGACAAGUCUUAAGCACUAUGCCAUAAAUUUCACCUCACUUUGAAUUUGUGUCCACUUGUUAUUCAAAUGUAUCUUUAAUUUUUGAGACUUAAUUUUCCAAAUAAUAAAAUCUCAAAUUUUGAUGUUUCUUUA